AUGUCAAAUACAGAUUCAGUAUCAGAUAAAGUUAGUAUAGAAUCAAAUAAAAUAACUCCAUAUGGAGAAAGUAAUAUUACAAAUCAACCACAGUCAGAACAUAAUAGCCACCACAACCAUCGUAAAAACUCAUUAGAACGUAAAAGAACAAAUAACACAGAAGACGAACAAGAAUUAACAAGAUUAGUUACAAAUAAUCAAGGAUUAGAAAGAAUCAAAACAGAAUUAAGAGAAGGUGCUGGUGCUUUAGGUCCAUUAGAAGAACCAUAUGAUUUUAAAAGACAAUUAACACACCCUGAUCCAAAUUCAGAUUUCAAUGAAAAUGAUCCAUGGAAAUAUCCACUCGAUCAAGAUUCAGGUUUAAGAAUAGUUGAAUUUGUUGAUCACGAUAAAGGAAAUCCAAAAUCUUUGAGUUUUGGAAUAAAAUGGCUUUAUACUGGUUUAUUAGGAGCUAUUUGUUUCGUUGUUGCAUUGGGUUCAGCUAUAGUUACUGGUGAUUUAGAACAUCCUGCUAAAUAUUUUGGAGUUUCUGAAGAAGUUAUAAUUUUAGCAUCUGUAACAAUGUUCGUUUUGGGAUUUGGAUUUGGUCCUUUAGUUUUUGCUCCAAUGUCUGAAGAAGUUGGCAGAAAACCUAUAUAUGUGGUUACCUUGGGAAUUGCUGUUGUUUUUAUUGUUCCAUGUGGUGCUGCUAAAAAUAUUGGUACUUUAAUUGUUUGUCGUUUGAUAGAUGGUAUUGCUUUCAGUGCACCAAUGACAUUAAUUGGUGGAUCAUUAGCAGAUAUUUGGGAUGGUCCAGAAAGAGGUGUUGCAAUGGCUAUUUUUUCAGCUGCACCAUUCUUAGGACCUGUAUGUGGUCCAAUUUUUGGUGGUCUUUUAGGUGACUUUACAUCAACUUGGAGAUGGAUUUAUUGGACUUUCUUGAUAGUUGCUGGUGUUUUUUAUGCUAUUUUCAUUGUAGUCGUACCAGAAACUCAUCAUGGUAUAUUAUUGAAAAAAAGAGCUAAAAAAUUAAGAAAAGAUACCGGUGAUUCAAGAUAUAGAUCAUUAAAUGAAAUUGAAGUUAGAAAAUUUUCAGAAGUUGCAAAAGUUUCAUUAUUAAGACCAUUCUUAUUAUUAAGUGAAUUAAUUGUAUUUUUAAUUACAAUUUAUAUGGCUGUUGUUUAUGGUUUAUUGUAUAUGUUCUUCUUUGCUUAUCCUGUUGUUUACAUGGAAGGUAAAGGUUGGUCAGCAUCAAAGACUGGUAUUAUGUUUAUUCCAAUUGGUGUUGGUGUUUUAAUUGCUACUGCUUUAGCACCACUUUUCAACAGAGAUUAUAACAAGAGAGCUCAAAAAUAUAGAGAUCGAGGAGAAUUACCUCCAGCAGAAUUAAGAUUAAUUCCAAUGAUGCUUUCAUGUUGGUUUGUCCCAGUAGGAUUAUUCAUUUUCGCUUGGUCAUCAUAUCCUCAUGUUUCCUGGGCUGGACCAUGUUUUGCAGGUUUAGCAGCUGGAUUUGGAUUCUGUUGUUUAUAUAAUCCAGCAAAUAACUAUAUUGUCGAUUCAUAUCAACAUUAUGCUGCAAGUGCAUUAGCCGCAAAGACAUUUGUUAGAUCAAUAUGGGGUGCUUGUGUGCCAUUAUUUACAAUCCAAAUGUAUCAUAGAUUAGGUUAUCAAUGGGCAAGUUCAUUGAUGGCUUUCAUAUCUUUGGCAUGUUGUUUAAUUCCAUAUUUGUUCUUCUUUUAUGGUGCUAGAAUUAGAGCUUUUUCUAAAUAUGCAUAUUCUGGAGAAGGUGCUAAAAAACCAGAUCAAGAAAGUCAAAAAGAAGUUAUAAAUGAUGAUGAAGAAGAAUCAACGGAGAAGAGAAACUAA